UGGAGCUCCGGCUCCGCUCCUUUGACGUCAGAAAUGAAUGCGGUUGAUGACGCUCCUACCACAGCCCAACCUAUGGUUUCUGGGAGGAGAACGAGUUCGAUGAGAGGGCUGCAGCUAACGUUGCAUGCCUUGUUUCAUUGAUGAAAUAUGGAAUUGUAAUCACGUUAUACAAUGCCGUGGUAAACUGACUGUUUUACAUUUCCAGGUACAACUUUCAAGGCUGCCUGGACUAAAACACACUUUUCUGCCAUCAUCGGGGCAGCCACGGACUUGAGCUUGAUGUUUAUCGGAGAGAGGGUGGAAGCUGGCACAAUGGGCACGACAGCAGCUACCUGUGAUGUACUGAAGUGAUACUGGAUCCACAAGACUCAACCCGACCUUCCCCAGCACAGGGGGCCUCCCCUGCCCCUGCAGCCAUGGCAGGCUUCAAGCGCGGAUACGAUGGGAAGAUCGCUGGCCUGUACGACCUGGACAAGACGCUGGGCCGGGGCCACUUCGCCGUGGUCAAGCUGGCGCGUCACGUCUUCACCGGCGAAAAAGUGGCGGUGAAAGUCAUCGACAAGACCAAACUAGACACGGUUGCCACUGGCCACCUGUUCCAGGAGGUGCGCUGCAUGAAGCUGGUGCAGCACCCUAACAUUGUGCGUCUGUACGAGGUGAUUGACACGCAGACCAAGCUCUAUCUCAUCCUGGAACUGGGAGAUGGAGGGGACAUGUUUGAUUACAUCAUGAAACACGAGGAAGGCCUCAACGAGGAGCUGGCUAAGAAGUACUUCGCCCAGAUAGUCCAUGCCAUCUCAUACUGCCACCGGCUUCACGUGGUCCAUCGCGACCUGAAGCCAGAGAACGUGGUAUUCUUUGAGAAACAGGGCCUGGUGAAGCUCACUGACUUUGGCUUCAGCAACAAGUUCCAGCCUGGCAAGAAGCUGACCACCAGCUGUGGCUCGUUGGCCUACUCUGCCCCAGAGAUCCUGCUAGGGGACGAGUACGAUGCCCCCGCCGUGGAUAUCUGGAGUCUUGGGGUGAUCCUGUUCAUGCUGGUGUGUGGACAGCCUCCUUUCCAGGAGGCCAACGACAGCGAGACCCUUACCAUGAUCAUGGACUGCAAAUACACCGUGCCCACCCAUGUCUCCAACGCCUGCAAAGAUCUGAUAGACCGCAUGCUACAGAGAGACCCCAAGCGUCGGGCGUCGCUGGAGGAGAUCGAGGGCCACCCCUGGCUCCAGGGGGUCGACCCCUCCCCCGCCACCAAGUUCACCACCCCACUGGUGUCCCACAAGAACCUGUCAGACGAGGAGCACAACAGCAUCAUCCAGCGCAUGGUUCUGGGGGACAUCGCGGACAGGGAGGCUAUCGUGGAAGCGCUGGAGACCAACAAGUACAACCACAUCACAGCCACAUACUUUCUGCUGGCCGAGAGGAUCCUGAGGGAGAAGCAGGAGAAGGAGGUGCAGACACGCUCCUCAAGCCCCAGCAACAUCAAGGCCCACUUCAGGCAGUCUUGGCCCACAAAGAUGGACAUGCACCAGGACAUAGAAGACAGUCUUGCCACCUCUUCCAUCUCCCACGCAGGAGGGCCGCAGUCCCCGGCCCGCAGCACCGACAACCUGCUCAACGGCCACCGCAGCAAAGCUCUCCUGGAGCUGUCCCGCCGCGACGAGGACCCCCAGGGGGCCACAGGCUCCGCUCCCGGGGCCCUCAGGGCGGGAACCUCCACCCCCUCCUCCUCCUCGGGCUCUGCCAAGCAGCGCACCUGCCUGUUCCGGGUGGAGGAGGACGAGGAGGAGGAGGAGGAGCAAGAGGCGUCCCAGGUGCCCACACAGGUCAUCCUGCGGCGCAAGCCCCCCUCCAUCACCAGCCGGCUAACCUCACGCAAGAGCGCCCCCGUGCUCAACCAGAUCUACGAGGAGGAGGGCGAGUCGGACGACGAUUUCGACCUGGAGGAGGGGCUACCGCCCAAGCUCAGCCGCCUCAAGAUGAAUAUGGCCGCUGCCUCUGCGUCCCCGGGAAGCAGCCAGAAGCGCUACCACCGCCGCAAGUCUCAGGGCCGCGGCUCGUCUUGCUCCAGUUCAGAGACCAGCGACGACGAUUCGGAAAGCCACCGGCGGCGCCUGGAUAAGGACGCGGGCUUUGGCUACAGCUGGAACCGGCGGGACAGCAGCGAGGGACCCCCGGGGAGCUCCGGGGGCAACGGAGGGGGUAGUGGCGGCGGUGGGGGACAGAGCAGACCCCCUGGGGAGAGCAGCGACGGGGCCGACAGAGACAGUCCUCCCGGAGGGGAGGGAGGCGGCGGGGGUAAUGGGGGAGGUGGAGGUGGAGGAGGAGGAGGAGGGGGGAGUAAAGGACAAGGCAGCCCCUCCAGCUGUUCCAACAGCAGCUCCAAUCAUUCGUCCUCGGGAGGCCCCGGGGGGUCGUGCCGGUCUCGGGGCUCGACGAACCGGAGCGCCGGGGACCUGGUGGAAAGCCUGAGGCUGAUGAGCCUUUGUCUGAACUCCCACCUGCAGCAACAGAGGGAUGGGCGGGGCGCGGGCCCUGCGGGGGCGGUGGGUAAGUUCCUCAUGGACCCCCUGGGUCUGUCCAGUGUCAGCAUCCAGGAGAAGUCCUCCUGGAAGAUGUGUGUGGGCUCCACAGGGAGCCUGGACACCCUGACUCUGCCAACCACCAUCCUGGGCAGUGCAGGGGGCUACCCACACCACAGGGCCGCCUCCCUGGGAUGCCUAGGAGGCUGCUCGGACUCCACACCCCUCUCCGUGGAACACCCGGGGGGCUACCCGGACCACAGGGCUGCCUCUAAGGGCCACCCCAGGGGCUCCACAGACUCCAGGGCUUCCUCCGCGGAGCGCCCUAAGGGCUACUCAGACCCCAGGGCCCAUCCCCGGCCCCGGCCCGGGGAUGGUGGCAGCAUGAGGCUGAAGAACGGCCUGCUCCAGCUACCUCUGUGCGAGAAGACCAUCUCUGUGAACAUCCAGCGCAGCUCCAGGGAAGGCCUGCUCUGUUCCUCGACUCAGGCCAGCUGUUGCCAGGUCAUAUGACAGACACACGCAGCCCUUCCCCUAACCCUCCCCUUUCCCUGACCCACAUGUCCACAGCACCCCUCAGUCACAUGACCAAGCCCCUACCACCCCAGGUCAUAUGCUGUAAGCCCCAACCCCCAGGUUAACACGAAGCCCAUGACUUUAGCAUCUCCCCCCCCCAGCCUCUGACUACUGUAGCAGAAGCCUGUAAUCACAGCCCCUUCACUGAUUCACCUGCCUUCUCCCGUUGACCCUCUCCUCCCCAGUGGGUUUUCUGUCCAUCUCGGUCCGUCUGUUACGUUGUUGGUUUCAUCUAGAAGGUAAAUGCUGCUAGUUGUCUUGGUUCUGUUUCUGUCUUGUCAUAUCACUUUGGCUUUUUGCUCAUCCCCAAAAAAGGUAAUGUUUAGCGAUUCUUCCUCCGGGAGCAAGGGUUGGUUGAAGCUAGGGGACAAAGGGAGGGAUUGGAUUUCACUUUGUUUGGAUGAAAGUAAGAAGACCAAAUGUUUAUUAGUGGUGAGUAGUCCAGGGUGGCUGAAAGGGCAAGCACUUAAAUCAGGCUGAAUUUCUACUAGAAUCAAGCCCUGGAGUAACAACCCUCAAACAGGGAUUUAGGGUCAGUUGAAAGGGGCGAGUGUAGGAGUGGCCAUGGAUGUCCUGGGGUGGGCUCGAUACCAUCAAAUUGUACCUUCCCAUGUCUGUCCCCCCCCCCCCACACACACAGUCUAAAACCCUGCCACCAGUAACCGUGGUGAUCUGGACUACUAAAGACAUUUUAUUUUUGUAUGUUUUUCUCUUCUUUUUUUUUGUCUGUUUUUAUUCAUAAUUUUUAACAAACACAAGACUGCUGUUAGCAUACACAGGUGUUUUUUGAAUUUCAAAUUGGUUUUGGAAUUGAAGGUUGAUUUUUAACUAGCCAUACAGCUCUCACUGAAUUGAUUCCCACGAUUUACUGUACCAAGCACUUGGUUGGACCUGCAGGUGUGUCACCCACUGAGCAGACAGGGGAACUCAGCUUCCUUCUCAAGAAGUUUCUUCCACUCUUUCUUCCACUUCUUUUUGGCAGCAAAAAAAUAUACUUGUACAGGUUCUAUCCUUACUCAAAUUAAAAAGCAAGUCAAAUACUGUCCAUACACUGUAUACAACAUAGAGAUUGAGGCAUGGAUGAAGUCCAAAAUAGCCUAACAGCUACAGCAUGCAUUUACAAAUUGGAUGAACUGAACUCAUUAAUCUUUUAUUUAAAUUACCAAAAGAAAACACCAGAAAAAAACAAAAAAGAACACUGAUGUAAAAUUUGAAUGUAAGAUACAAGCAAAUAAACUGGUGUUUUGUUUUCAUGUGAUGGACCUGACCGGCUGAUGGGCUCCCUCCGGUGUAGCGUAGGUUAGAUUUGGUAAUGGUCACGUUCUUGUUCUUCUCUUACUGUUGGUUCCAAUCCUCUCGCAUGAGAACUACUAAAUUGUACUGAAGUGUUCUGAAGACCAGGAGAGAGAACGUCCUGAUUGAUCAGAGAUGACUGUAUUUGGUCUUUUAGUUCAAGUGGGCUUUGUGUUGGACCCACGUUUCUGCUUGUUUCAAUGUUUGAUCUUUAUACAUGUUACGUUUCAAACUAGCCUUCAGGCAGAUUGUUUCAAAGGGUGUUUGUUGCGUAUGUAUAUAUGUUUAAAAAAAGUUUAUUUUUAGACUUGGACUUUUGAAAGAUACUACUACAGUGGUCCAAAGGCAUAGCUCCAUCCACAACAGGCUACCCAGGGAUGCAAAACAUGCAGACUCCCUGCAGCAGCUCUCACAUGUUGCUCAUGUAGAAGCUUUAAAGGACCUGGCCAAGAAGAGAGACAGCGUGUGGAUAGAGGAUUGUGGAUAUAUUUUAAGGGCAUUGGCAAUAAGCUAUAUGUUGCAGCUAUCUGUAAAUAAACAUUUAUUUUGUUUUGUAUUUUAAACCUGUGCAGCCUUAGAACGGCACAUCGAACAGAAAAAAUGGAGAAUCAAAUCUCAUGUAUUUUUUUUUCCUGCAUUUUCUUUUUCAAACUGAAAUUUUUGUACAUACAGGUGUAAAUAUGGUGCUCUCUUUGCUUGGAACAGCUGGGUGAACCAUUUGGUGCAGAAGCUGUAUUAUAGCCUUAUUAGUCAUGGGUGUCUCUUAAGAAAAUGACCAUGUGAAAAGACAUUAUCCUAGUCAUACUGUCAGUCUUUUGACUGUUGUCUUACCCCGCUGUAAACAGGUGAAUGACGUGCAUGUGUUCAAUGUUUGACAUUAUCGAUCCAAGGACAUCUAGGAGAAAACACAGAAUAUGUAAUGGACCAAACCAUGUACUGACUAAAAGAGGAAAAAAAAAAAGUUGAAACUGACAGAAUUAUUAAAUGUAUUAUUCUGUAGUGAUACCUGUUGUCAAACAUUACAUAUAGCUAUAGUAAUAUCCCCAAAUAAAAAAAAUGUUGUGAAAAACAAA